CAACAUUCUUCGUCAUAUGACCCAUUCUGUUGAGUCUGCAAAGCUUGGGCCAUAUUUGUCUGUGCAAAAGUAGUUUCGUGGAGUGAGUGUGUGCAGAUAGUCAUCACAGUUUUUGGGACCUGUAAAUACUCCCACAUUUAACAAACAAAAUGGCUGAAAAUAAUCCAAUCUACGGACCCUUCUUUGGAGUUAUGGGGGCGGCGUCUGCUAUCAUCUUCAGCGCCUUGGGAGCUGCCUAUGGAACUGCCAAGUCAGGAACUGGUAUUGCCGCCAUGUCGGUGAUGAGGCCUGAGCUGAUCAUGAAGUCGAUCAUUCCUGUCGUCAUGGCGGGUAUUAUUGCCAUCUACGGUCUGGUCGUGGCUGUCCUGAUUGCUGGUGCCCUCCAGGAGCCAGCCAACUACCCCCUUUACAAAGGGUUCAUCCACUUGGGUGCUGGUUUGGCUGUAGGAUUCUCUGGUCUGGCUGCCGGUUUCGCCAUAGGCAUCGUGGGAGAUGCAGGCGUGCGUGGUACUGCUCAGCAGCCUAGGUUAUUCGUCGGAAUGAUUCUUAUUCUUAUUUUCGCUGAAGUAUUGGGUCUUUACGGACUUAUCGUCGCCAUCUACCUGUACACAAAAUAAACGCCCUGAACACACACCACUCCCGUCGCCCGUGCUCCGAGCCUCUAUGCUCAUUAUCUGAGUCUGAAGACGCGCACAGGGAUGGUCGUCGCCGGUAGCGGGUCCACCUUGCAUAGGGUUUCGGAGCACCCUUCCACUCUUGUAUAUUACAUUUGUUCCCUGCUCGUUUUCACAUAUCUCCAGACCGGUGCAGCCUUGUUGCUGCGGCUGCUCCGCAUCUAGAGACGUGAAUCUGUAUAUUUUUACUAAAAACUUUUUGUAAAAACGAUCAAACCUCAAUCAUGGUUUUAUUGAACAUGAAUGCUACCGUGCGAUGACCCCCCAGUAUUUGAUUAAUUUAUUACACAUAUGUUUUAUUUUCGGUGACAGGAGAGAACAUUUCUUUUGCGAUUUCUAUCGACAUAUCAGUUUUAUUUGCGCGUCACAUCCUCCGCAACAUCCGAAGAUAUCAAUUUAGAUUAUUUUAGCAAUAAGGCGAAACUAAUGUACAGUUAGAAGUAGAAAAUUAAGUCCAAACGAGUUAUUUUAAUAUAAUUUAUGAAACCGUUGAACCCCCAGGGUACAGUGUACCGGUCUCUUGCGGAGUUAAGGUUAAACCUGGCUUUGAAAAGUAUUAUGUGCUAUCUAGCUUUCAGUGUUCUAGUGGAUGUAUGUAUCCUAAUUAUACUGUUGUGAGCCUGUAUUAAAAUGUUAUCAUAUCUCUCUCAUGUGACUGUUGACAAUUACAAGAGCGAGUCACAAACAUUGUAUUGCCAGGAAUCAGUAAAUAAACAUGGUUUGUACAUUCCAUAUUAUUUUGUUUCUACUUGAUUAUGUGUUUUAUUUUCCUUUUUAUUUUCAAAGGCUUUGCUUUCACCACAUUAAAAUAUAUUAUUCUGCGCUGUUGUAGUUAAAUUAACCUAUAAUAAUAAUAAUAUACUAUUUGAUCUUAUACCUAUAUGAAAUAUUUCAAGUAAAAUAUUUAUUCUGUAUAUGUACCUAAUAGUCAAUGUUUGAAUGAUAUAAAUUGGUGAGUAAAAAUACAUGUAGGUAAAAAUUGUAUUUUAAUUUAGGUUUCAUGUUAGAGAAUGUUAUAAUCUUUGGUGUUAUUGAAUGAAUUGUGUUAAUAAAAUAUUUUGAAAAUAA